AUGGCUUAUCAGAGACAGCUCUCUGAUGUUCUCUCCACUCAAGCAGAUUUAAUGAUGCCUCCUGCCUUUCCUUCUGUGACAUACAGUCAGCUCAUGCAGGCGCAGAACCCUCAAAUGACUACAAUCAUGUCAUCCUACUUGAUGGGGACAAAUCACAAUACUGACAACGGAUUCCACAAUGAAAUGACCAACCCAGUUCCACUGCUCAAUAUCAAGCAGGAGCCAAAUCUACGAGGGGAUGUGAAUGAGCACUUGAAGCGGAUGGAGUCCGUUCUCGGCGGCGGAGAGAUGCUUUCGAACGAGCUUGAAUUCAUGGAGGGUAACUUGCAUCUAGAGAACGAGAACACUGCUGUUGAGAUGGAAAACGAUCCAAAGGGAGCUCUCCUAAGCAAAACACAGACUGAUCACAUGGAGCCCAUUCUUGGUCUGACCAAUUUCAACGCGGUCCAGCAGCAACACAAGAUGGAUGUGAUCCCGUUUGCAAGACCAGCGCUGACGGAGAGCGACCAGGCUCAAGUUAAGCACCCGACGAAUGGAAUGAUUUACCAGAUUAACUCCCACUUUUUAGCAACAGUGCUAGAUCGCUAUGGAACACAGAAAGUCCAAUAUCCUGCGGAUUCAAAGGAAAUCCUGACCAAAGUGCAAAAGUUUUGCGAAGCUCGUUCACUCGGAUUCAUGACUGAAAAAGAUGCUCGUCAGAUUGUCGACUCUGGCUACCCGAUCGAGACAAUCUCGACAAAAAAGACAAAAUGCGACGACUCUGGGCCAUUUGAGUGCCUUUUCUGCCCGCUGGUUCAGAACUGCCGCAAGUUUUUUGGGGUGAAAGAAAACCUCAAGCGGCACUACUCGAAACAUCUGCGAUUCCACCGCUUUGCGUGCGGCGCACCUCAAUGCUCCUAUGCUAGCUACCGCGGUGAUCACGUCAAAGACCACAUUGAAAAGAAACACCCCAAUCAAGGUGUCCUGGUUCGAAAUGUCUGA